CAAACACUUACUAAGGAAGUCCCUAACCAAACCUUAUAUUCACAGGCCCACCUGUCACUCGGGUUGGAGGUGGGGAACUCUUUGAGAGGUAUAAACCUUUUCACACUGUCAUACAGGCUGGUUGAUCAUAUCGGAUGCACAGCUGACAUACUUUUAAUCUUUUUGGUUACUUCAUUCAUCCAAAGAAAAUGAAUUCAACCGACCAUUAUCUUUACACAAGCAAUGGAAGCUAUACUAUGCCCUUCACCGACACCUAUGAAACCAGCACCGACUACUACUAUGACUAUCCAGAUGGAGACUAUGGAAGGUGUGUUUAUGAGCGACAUGGAGCUUACUUUCUCCCACCCCUCUACGUCAUCUUCUUCUUCCUUGGCCUCCUAGGAAACUCUUUAGUGAUUUGGGUCAUCGCUUGUGGGGUGAGACUCCGCAGCAUGACUGAUGUGUGCCUGUUCAACUUGGCCCUCGCUGACCUUCUUAUGGUGUGCUCUCUGCCCUUCCUUGCCCACCAAGCCAGAGACCAGUGGCUGUUUGGAGAUGUCAUGUGCAAGAUGGUCCUGGGCAUUUACCACAUUGCUUUUUACUGUGGGAUCUUUUUCAUCUGCCUGAUGAGCAUAGACCGCUACUUGGCCAUAGUGCACGCAGUUUACGCCCUGAAAGCACGAACACGUUCCUUUGGUAUGGUGGCAGCUGCUGUAACAUGGGCCGCUGGCUUUUUGGCCUCUUUUCCUGAUCUGAUCUUCCUCAAAGAGCAAAGAGUAAACAACUCUAUGUUCUGCUACCCCAGCUUUCCCCAAAAAACACAAAACGAGAGCUUCCUCAGCCCUCAUUUCUGGACAGUGUUUGGUCUCUUCAAAAUGAACAUUUUGGGUCUGUUUGUCCCAAUUUUCAUCCUGAGCUUCUGCUACUCUCAGAUCGUUUGGAGGUUGCUGUCAAGCCAGUCCUCUAAGAAGCAGGCCAUCCGUGUGGUUGUCUUAGUGGUGGUAGUUUUCUUCUGCUGCUGGGUUCCGUACAACGUGGCGUCCUUCUUCAAAGCGCUGGAACUUCUGCACGUCUACACCGAGUGCAAAAGCAGCAAGGCUAUCAUACUGGCUCUACAGAUUACCGAAACCAUCGCAUACUCCCACAGCUGUCUCAAUCCCAUUCUGUAUGUGUUCGUCGGGGAGAGGUUCAGGAGGCAGCUGGUGAGGCUGAUAAACAGAGCUCCAUGCAGUCUGUGCCAGGUGAUCAAGCUGUACAUCCCUCAGGACAGAGGCACCUCAGUGUACUCACAAACUACCAGCGUGGACGAAAGGAACACUGGGGUGUAAUCUGGGAAUUUAAACAUAUCCUGCUACUUAUGCCAAUACCUUUGUGUACAUCUUUAAUACACUUGUUCAUGUCAAGUCUAAAAUGUUCAUCCUAGUUUUAGGUUAACAGUGAGGUACAUUUAACUUGUUUUCUUGGUAUGAGUAAGGGUAGUGAUAGACAGUACUGAAUGUAAAACUUCUGAAUGUACAGCGUAUUACAAUGUACCAAAUACCUUAAAUGUUUUUACUCUUUAUAUUUUUUUUAUCUACAGGUGCAUCUCAGUAAUUUUCUUAAUCUUAAGAAUGCUAAUUUAUUUCUGUAACUCAAAUAAAGAAAAUCUAAUUAAAAUGUUAUUAAAAAUUUUUGAUUUCAAUCACUUAAAUUUAGAUGUAAAAUUUAUUUUCAUAUGGAAAGAUUACAAAAUCCAGUCUGUGGAUAUCCUUGUGGCUUGUGCACCUUCUUUUUCUAUCCACUUAACUUUCCAUGAAUAUUCUUCAAUUCAACAUUUUUUGAAUAGUCAUCUUCUUUAUGCGCGACCUGUAAUGGGUGACUGUGGAGGUUUUCAGCGGCUCAACAACGUUUUAUUGAUCGCAUAUAAUAUUUUAAUCUUCUGUUCAAACAAAUUCAUGGUUUUCAUUGACUGUAAGCCUUUUGGAUGAUAUUUUAGUUUAUUUAGAUGCACCUGUUAUAUUCCUGUAGGUACAUUUUAUCAAGCAGACUGGAGAUUGUUAUUAAACUGAAAGAACAAUAACCUGUAUCUGCAAAUAUCAUGCAGAAAUGUUUUUGAACUGAUCUGCAAUCUCUCUUCCUGAGCUCAGUGUGAAACUGUGUCACCUACAACAGCAAUUUAGAGGGUUCAGCUUUAUCAUUCACCGUAAUUUAAAAAAACAAACAAAAACAAAGCAGCUAAGUCAGACCUGCUCACUGUUAAGAGAACAUUUAGAUAAGGAUCACGAUGAGUUUCCAUUUUGAAUGUUUUGGGUUGUUGCUUAGUAUGAAGACUCUGGUGCAACUUGCAGCAUUAAUUAGGUAGGUUCUGAAACUCUGUGCUGCAGAGGAUCUGUACCUCACCUCAACCUUAAAAAAAGCCACAACCUGAAAGAGGAAACAUGUAACCAAGCUGUGAGUUUAACAUUUCAGGCUCUGCAAACAACCGAACACUUUAUUCUCCAUUUUAUUUUACUGCUCAUGCAUUUUGUUAUAAACAGCAGCUGUUGCAUUCCAAAAAAAAAAAAAAAAAAAUCAUUAUGUGACAAAGGACAACACUGACUAAUUGAAGGGUUGCCAAAAGAAAAAAAAGAAAAAAUUAAGCCAAAGCAGGAAUAGUUUUAUUAAUAAUAUACACCAUCUGUGUGACACCAUUCCCACUUGUAUUCAAAUUUAACCUUUGUAAUAAGAUGGACCUUAUAGUCAAGAUGCAAUGCAUUCACCACAUCCUCUCGUCUUGCCAUGCAUUUCCUGUCUGUUGCUGACAGAUAUAAUACCAGCACUUUCAAUGCCUUCUUGAAAAUGCACACACUCAUGUUACAUGAGCUUUCAAAUAUAAGAACAUAUCACUUCUAUGAUUUAUUUCUGAGCCAAUAAAAGCUCAGAACUGCUUGUAAAAGUUACUGCAGUAAAUAUUUUCAUAGUAGAACUAUGCAUAUAUUUCUAAUUUUUUUGACUGUAAUUUGUAUUUUGAAAUUUGCCUUUUUGGAAAAAUAAACUGUAUUAUUAAAGCCAUAAAGAUAUAUUUA